AUGCUGACACUCCUUGCUCCAAAAAAAAAAAAAAUGUGUUUUAUUUACAGGGCACAGCUUAUGGAAGUAUUCCUAUUCCUUCUCGCAGGCAAUUAUGCUACAUACCUAAACAAAAUGGUGAGCCAAACUCUCAACACAAAGGACAAAAGAUCAGCACAUACACCCACAGAGGACCAUUUUAGAUAUUCAUCAGGCAACCAAACAACGUCCUGUGAAAACAAAAGCUGCCAGUUGUCAAGUGUCUGUUUGGGCAACCUCCUGAAGGAAAAAGAAAUAGUGGAAGCUAUCAAGCACACAAGAGACACUUAUGAAACCCUCUCUUCUGAAGUCAGCCAAAAUGGCUUAGCAGGAGUCAUGCAAAGUGUGUCAAAAUCAACAGCCAAGGCUGAUAAUGCCUCCAUUUUUCCUGGCCCUCUGAAAGAUCAAACUCCGGGGCCACGGCAACACUCUACUUUCAUAGGGAGGCUCGGACAGCCUCCAAGAGGACCAAUUUCUUUGCACAUGUACAGCAGAAAAAAUGUGUUCCUUCACCACAAUCUUCACACAUCUGAGCUUCAGACUUUAGGCCAGCAAGAUGGGUAAAAAGAGUCAGCACAUAUUUAUUCAGGUGGACAGUUCAACUGACUUUGAUUCUUCUCAGCUGCUACCCACCAUUUGUUUUUCCCUUUGUAAUGGUUGUUUCUGAAAUUGGAGCUAUUCCUGUAAAGUAAAGAAAAGGAUUGGGUGGGGGAGGAACAGGGAAGACUAGCAUGUUAACUUUAAUAAGUAGUUGAAAUGUUUUUCAGAAUUCCCCAGAGUGUGAAUUCCAAAUUUAGUGAAGGUGAUAAUGUACCUGCCUUGGCUUCAUAUUGAAUGGAUGGGAUCACGUUGACAGAAUGUCCAGAUGAGGCCCAACAUUCUUUUUUUCCUUUUGCUGUCCAUCACUUGAUUAC